AUGCACAGACGCCAAGGUUGUAUGACCGCUUGUGGAACUGUUCCUGCACAGCUUCGCAACCGAGCAUCCAGCCAGUCCGCUCCACCCAGGGGCCAAGCAUCGUGGCCACCCCUGUGCCCACUGCUCUGGCCCUGCAACCUGGGCCUGCGGGCCAGCAGCCGGCACUACGACUUGGUGCAGAGGAGCCUCAUACUUUUCUUGGUCGGGAUCUUCCUAGCCCUGGUGCUCAAACUGCUACAGAUCCAGAGGAAUGUCAUGCUGGCCGAGGUGAUGGUCACCAUCCUCUCUGUGGCCUGGCACAGACAUAAGCAGUGCCUGAAGCCUCACUUGCUCUUCCUAACCAUAGACCGAGGGAGUACAUGGCCUUACCCGGGGUUUACAGGCACAGAGCCAGAUAACGGAGACACUCGAUGGAAAAUAAGAGGCUUUCCUGCGUUCCACAGUGAAGUGGUGAAAGACAAGGGAGAAACAGCAGAGGGCAGCAGAGUGCAAGGUGGCAGAGAAUGCUCCUCGUAUGAAAACGAGUUCAUGCUGGUUUGUGAACGUUGUACAGCGCUGAGCUGUGAAGUGAUUUGCACAACACAGGCACCCACAGAUGAGGCCUUGGGGCUGCUUGUCCUUCCCUGUCACUACCUGUCCACAAUUCAGAGAAAAGAGAAUUUAUCCUGCAAACAGAGCGAGGCUGGUACAUUGGGCAGGGAUAAUUCUCCAGAGGUGGUGGCAGCUGUGGACUGUCCCAGCCAACAUUCAGAGCAGGAUGAUUUGAACUUUAUCCGGAAAAUAGUGUUCAUUUCUUUUACUGGAACUGGAAUUGCAGGGAAUUUGUUUUUGUUUGUGAAACAUGUGUACACUGCAGGUUUGAAGACUGGGAAAAAACCCACAGACUUCAUUGUAAUCCAACUGGCAUUCGCAAAUGUAAUUACACUCUGGAUUUCUGGAAUCUCACACAUAAGAUCACCUUUUAAUUUUCAUUACUUCUUAGGUAAUGUUUCUUGUAAAAUUGUGAUUUUUCUGGGGAGGGUGGCCCGGGGCCUUUCCCUUUGCACAACCUGCUUUCUCAGUAUAGUCCAGGCCAUCACAAUCAGUCCCCGGAAUACCCCAUGCCCCCUCAAACCACAGAAAAAAUGUCAAGUUCUGUCCUGUCUCCUCCUUCUUUGGAUCUUGAAUUUUCUGAUAAGCUCCAACUUGCUCCACUACAUUAGAGCAGUGAAUACCACUGCUAUUAGAAUGCAUAUUGGGUGUUGUUACAUGAUGUCAUCUAGGCAAAUAAUCAGGUGGAUUUUCCUUUCUCUCAUGACUCUUCGGGACAUCAUCUUCCAGAGUCUGAUGGGCUGGAGCAGUGGGUACAUGGCUUUGCAUCUGUAUAAUCAUCACAAGCGUGUCCUCUACCUGCACAGCUCUAGGUUGGCAAACAACUCCAGCCCAGAAAUCAGAGCUACUCUAAGUGUUCUCAUUCUCAUGGUCUGUUUCCUUUUCUUUUAUUGGGCAGAUUUUAUUUUAUCCUUCUACAGAGGCUCAACCAUGACACUUGACUUUACAAUGCUAAAUAUAAAAAUAUUUCUAGACCUUGGUUAUGUAGUUCUCAGCCCCUUUGUGCUGAUCAGCAGGGAUGUCCACAUGGUUAAAUGUUGGCACAGACAGAGAAUUUAGGGAAACUGCCAUCUAUACAGACUCCUUAGAAAACUGCAAUUUUGUCAUUUAGCCAUAUUUUUUACUCAGAAAAAAUUUUGUCCAGCAUUAACUGGAAGUGUCUUUGUGGUGUAGAAUGCUGAUAUGAGGUCUUGUAAAGCACACACCAAUGCAAAGCUAACUCCUGUGAGAACCCAGGAGACUGAACAAUCACCAGGUGUGAUUCUGAGUGAUGAACAGAGGGAGGAGGGACAGGUGAAGUGUCCUAGGUUCCCAUGCAGCACAGGCUGUGGCAAAUAAGAUGUCUAGGAGAUCAAUUUAGCUAUGUGUGGAGUUCCAGGCUUCUUUGUUUCCUGACUCAUUUAGGAAUUGGCUGGAAGCAGUUUGUGGGAAGUUUGUCUCAAUAUGCAUCCAGAAGUGUAUUUUAGAGCACAACUGUUAGAGACGUUUCCAAGCCUUUUGGAAGUGCAUAUUUUCACAGUGGUCAUCAAGGGGGUGGUUUUCAGUUUGUUAUUCUGUAUAAAGAGGUCACUUACUAGGCAGUUGAGAU